AUUAUAUAGACAAAUUAUAUACCUACGGACUCGUGAAUAUUUACUGAAUAUGAAAAUGCAAACUUCUCGAGAUUCCACGGCCUCUGAAAGAAGUAUUUAGCAUCCGAACCCCAGGAUUCACGGAUUUGAGAGGGGCACCCCGGAGAUUUAGUUUCGGCUGCGCUAGCCGGUGGCCGUUUCUACCCGUUUCUGAUGACGUCAUAACGUGUAGGUUAUUUGGCCACUCGGUAUUGCAGCUGGUUCUUCGCAUGGUGGUCGGUACAAAGGUGUACGACAAGCUUCGAGAGAAAUGGCUGAGGACCAGACUGAUGAACGACAUUGGGAUGAUGUCCCCACAUGCCCAAACCAGCAAGGUUGAAUCAUUCCACAACAUCCUCCUUCACUUUUGCCCCAAGUUGCUUGUAUACUCAUAUCAAGGGAUGAAGUGCAGAUUAUAUUUGGCUGUCCUACAUUGGAACGAAAAUUGUGAUAGAGCCCAGGCUGUUGAUGCCGAAGGGAACCCAGUGUACAGGUUGAAGUAUCCACGCUCGAAGGAAGGAGGCCACACAGUGGAGAGAGUGCUGACAGCUGGCACAUGUGGUUAUGUGAAAGCCCUGAUGAGAGUUGUCGUAGAACUGGUGGAAAACAGGGAGCAGCUCAGAGACAACAUGGAGGAGCUACCGCCUCAACCAGCACGGAGUGCCUCUCAUCAUCACCCCGACAAUGGAGAAGCCGUGCAAGCUUUUGAACAACAUCAUCGCUUUGGCGAUAGAAACUAGUUCUUUUGGUGAUAGAAACUAUGAUGAAUGUGUCAGCUACCUGAACAUUAACCACUGAUUGUUUUAUUUCAGUACAAGACAUGUUUUUCAUAGACCCUAAAUUAUGUUUAUGCCAGUAUAAUUAUGGAGAGUAACAUGGAAGUACUCUAUGCAAGUGAGUAGUGGAUUCCGAUUCUAUGUGAGUGUAAAGCACUAGAAACUUGUCUGUAAGCUUGUACAUACUUACACAAGCCAAAGUCCAUGGUACACAUCAAUAGUCAUUGGUUUUAAUAGGUAAAAUACUUAUUAAAUUUGUAAAACUUACAUUUUUAGUUCAAUUAAAAACAAUUUCUGAAGCAUAUGCACUAGAUUUUCAUAAACACUAAGUAAAUCACUGUUGAUCAUGAAUUUGGCACCAAAUAUAAUCUGAUUUUUCUCACAGUCCUUCAUCUUGGCCAAUGCUUUUUGCUUCUUAUUUGCAAAAAAUUAAAAAUUAAAAAAUGCAUUUUUUUUUCUUCAUCUAAACUGUUCUUAUUCAAGAACCAUUUGAUGUAUUGCACCAGAUAUGACUUUAUUUUUUGUUUUUGAUUUUUUCCCUUUUCUGCCGAGGUGAAUUGUGUUAUUCAUUUUCAAAGUUAGUAGUUUUAAAGAUCAUGCCAUAUUAUCACAGAAGAGGAAACAUUGUGAUGAUACUUCAUCGCAUCCAUACUUUUUUUCCUAACAGCGGUUUCCUGUUUGUCCUAAAACCUGGUUAUAAAAGAUUGAAAAAUAAUCAUCCUUGCAGAUAUAA